AUGGUUCACGUAUGCAGCCAAGCCAUUAUCUUGCUGGGACUUGCGUCUCUAGCCCUAUCUGUCCCCGUUGAGCCAAAGGCAGACCAAAUGGAAGCCUCUCCCGAUUCCUACAACCCUCGUUGCAACCAAUUCUAUAAGAUUCAGCACGGAGAUACGUGCUGGGACAUCGUCUCUGAAAAUGAAAACACUUUCACCAUGGACCAGCUGCUGUGCUGGAACCCCGACAUCAACCCCUGGUGCUCGAACCUGAUUCCCGGUCGCAAUGUGUGUGUUGGAGUGACAAACCCCGGACAGCUUUGCUAA